AUGCCGGCAAAUGCUCACCAUGGCAGUGGCAACACGAGCUACGCAAACCCCAUCCUCCCAGGCUGGAACUCGGAUCCGAGCUGUGUCUUCGUCCCGGAGCUUGACAACACGUUCUUCUGUACUGUGUCAUCGUUCUUGUCGUUCCCAGGCAUUCCUGUCUAUGCCAGCAAGGACCUCGUAAACUGGAAACUGGCCAGCCACGCAUUGAACAGGGCUGAGCAGCUGCCUGAACUGUCACACUCGGGCACACCCUCUGAAGGGACUUGGGCAUCUACGAUUCGCUAUCACAAGGGGACUUUGUACCUCAUCACCGCCUAUAUCAGCUGGUAUGACGGCUGGCACCCAGACAUCCGCCUCUUCUCCACGACGAACCCCUACGACGACGCCGGCUGGGGCGACCCCGUAAUCGUGCAGAACCCCGGCAAUGAUAUCGACCCGGACCUGUUCUUCGACGACGACUCCGGCAAGGUGUACAUGUCGGUCGCGGCGGGGAUCUGGAUCAGCGAGCUCGACGUCGGGACGGGCGCGGCGCUCACGGAGCCCUUCCGGGUCUGGAACGGCACGGGUGACAGGAACCCCGAGGGCCCGCACCUCUACAGGAAGGACGGCUACUACUACCUGCUCAUCGGCGAGGGCGGCACGGAGACGAACCACUCCGUGACCCUGGCGCGCGCCACCGAUAUCCGCGGCCCCUACGAGGCCUACCCCGGCAACCCGCUCCUCACGGCCAAGAACACGGACGAUUACUUCCAGACGGUCGGCCAUGCUGACCUGUUCCAGGACGCCGCCGGGAACUGGUGGGGCAUCUGUCUGGCGACGAGGUCGGGUCCCACGUGGGAGAUCUACCCCAUGGGGAGGGAAACGGUGCUGUUCCCCGUCACGUGGGAGGAGGGCGAGUGGCCGGUCGUCGAUCCGAUCAGGGGAAAGAUGUCGGGCCCCCUACCGCCGCUCGAUAAGAAACUUCCCAAGGCCGGACCGUUCGUAGGCGAGCCGGAAGCCAUGGAUUUUGCGCCCGGGUCGAAUCUUCCGGGCAGCUUCUUGUUCUGGCGCCCGCCGGCCGAGGAGCUCUUCGCGGUCUCGCCGCCGGAGCAGCCGAACUCGCUGAAGAUCACUCCGUCGAGGGUCAACCUGACCACAGAUGUCGGCUACGACCCCAGGGUCGAGGGUCUGGGGUUCGUGGCCAGGAAGCAGACGGCGACCCUGUUCGAUUUCUCGGUCGACCUGCUCUUCGCCCCUACGACGGCAGACACCGAGGCCGGCAUAACGAUAUUUCUGACCGAGUACCAGCACGUCGACCUCGGCGUGGUUCUGCUCCCGGAUCCCUACAACGGGGCUCUGGUACCCAGCUUCAGAUUCCGCGCCGAGACCUCUGGGAAGCCAAACAUAACCGCGCCCCCGGAGACAGUGGUUCCCAUCCCUCACUCGCACAGUUGUCGGCGUAUAUGCGACGAGAAAUAACGGCACAGGGACGACGCCGGCGUACUUUAGUAAGUGGAGGUAUACGCCGGUGGCUCAGGAGAUUGAUGCGGGUGUGUUCGUUCAUGCACCUCAUCGGUAGAUACGGGGUACAUAUCUCAGU